AUGGAAAGGGAUUGGAUCCUCAUAGAGCAACACAAGUUCACCUUAGACCAAAUCAAACAGAGCCAAGCUGUUCCUGCCGACUACAAAGGAUGCCCCUGCGGCCAUAUGGAUAAUAAAGAGAGCAAGAAAUCUACCUACACCCUGACCAAUGUAGUGCCCCAGAACAGCAGUCUCAAUGAUGGCCAGUGGAAGGUCUACGAGCGUAAAACAAUGAUCGAAAUGACCAAGGGCUGUACAACCACCUAUGUUGUCACAGGUGCUGUGCCUGGGGAAAAUUACAUCUCCAAUAAGAGGGUUAAUGUACCCAGCCACAUCUGGUCAGCUGCCUGCUGUCUGGUGGGCACAGAGCCCAGGAAGGCUUGGGGGGCCAUUGCAGAGAAUGACAAGAACAAAGUGGAGGAGCUCAGUCUGGGGGAGCUGGAGAAGAGGUUGACCGAUCUCUAUAAGGGAGAGGUUACUCUGUUCAACAAUACCUGUCCCCAGAAAUAA